CAUCUGACACUGUAGAGGAGCCGGAAGGCAAGGUGGUCCCCGCAAACUCAAGUCCCAGCGUGGUGAAUUCAGCUUCCUCUGCGAUUAACAUGUCCCAGGAAACUGCAAGGAAAGCACCUUCAUCUCCGGCCAAGCAAAGGCGGAAUCCAUUCAACAGCUCCAGGUUCCCUGAAGACCACUUACUGCAGCAAACCAGAAGUGAGCCAUCAAAAAUUGGAAGUGCUGGUUUACUUCAGAUUUCAAAAGAGGGUGAAUUGUCAGAAUCAAAGGAAAAGUCAUCGAUCCAAGAUCCAGCAAGCCAGAACCUAGAGAAAUCAAAGCAGACUGUGCCGGCAGAUCCUGCAGCUGUGUCCCAAUCCAGGCCUCCCAUCCCCAAAUCCAGAAAAUUGAUUUACAAAUCAGACGAUUUAAAGCCAGGGGAUAACCAGUCUUCUCUUAGACAACGGACAGACUCCCUGAAUGCCAGAGGGACUCCCCGAGGGAUCCUCAAACGCAACUCCAGUUCUAGUAGCACGGACUCUGAAACCCUGCGUUUAAAUCACGGCUUGGACUCCAAAAGCAAAACCCUGUCGCCUGGCAUUACCAUCCAGGAGAGGAUUGUUGAGAAGGAUCAGUUGUUAGAAGAGGACCCUUCCCCAGACUCGCUGGAGCCCCUAAAGCACGUGAGAUUCUCUGCAGUGAAUGGCGACCUUCCCCAGGGUCCUGGGCUGAGCUGUGGCCGGGAAGUGGGAGAAUUUAGUGUUUUGGAACCCGACAGGCUGAGGAACGGAACGGAAGAUUCAGGGGACACAGAGGAGCUUCGGCGUACGCCUGAGCCCUCCAGGGACAGAGAGCCUCCGCCCUGUCUUCAGUCAGCCUCAAGCCCGAGUGCAGCACAGAGCGCAGCGUGCCACCCAGGGACACCUGGUUCUGUCCCCAAGGGAGGGCUCCAGCCUUGCUCAGAAGUUCUAAGUACAGCUCCGCGGCCCGCUGAGGAGCCACCCGCUGUCAGUGCACCCCACGCUCCGUCACCAGAAGUAGCAAGGCUUGGGGCGGAAGUGUCCAACAACCCUGCUGAUGAAUUGUCUCACGGUGUUGAGCCUGAGCCACCUCGGGCGCCAGACUGCAGGCCUAGAGACCAUCAGCAAGAUGGUACGAGUUUAAAAGAAAAUGGCUCAAAGGCCCUGUCACCUCCCAAAGUUGAACUGAAGCCGGUAAGAGCUGACUCAACAUGUCCAGUAGAAAGAGAGAAGCUGCUUUUUGAACAGGGCCAGGACAGUGAUGCUAAUAUCAAACCCAAAUGUAUGAGUUUGUCCCGAGAAGACACCUCCAAAGAAGGUCUGGGUGUACUGCAACCACUUCACAGCUGCUGUGCUGUAAGUCAAGGGAAUAAGACUGCGGACUGUCGCCAGAGUUCAGAAAGCACAGGAAGAGGAGACGAGCCAUCUCCCUCAACCCGUCACUAUCCCUACAAUGUUCUUAAAGGAUCUGACACAGAAGUACAAGCUCCAUACAACACUGACAAUAUUGGCAGCUUUGAUGAAGAAGAACCCAAGCUCCAUGCUCAUGAAAAGCAUAAGGGAAACUCAAAUGCCCAUUUUGACUCUUCCACAAUUGAUCAAGAAUCAAACUUGAAAGACCACACGAGAUCAGAGAGAAAGAGCCAAGAGGAAAAUACUUCCUUCCUGGAAGCUUCCUUAGAGGCACAGCAUGGCGCGUUGCCACCUGGGGCUGCCAACGAGGGAUCUCUUUGGAGGAAGCCUGAGGUCCAACCACAGCUAGAAGCUGGUAAGGUUCCUCAGAACCAUGUGCAAAGAGAAAAAUACAAAAGAGUAAGGGAAAGAAUAUCCUUCUGGGAAGGAGAGAGAGCUGCUGGUGUCAAGCUAACUCGUAAAGAAGCCACACCCUCUGGUGGCCAGGAGCAGCCUUCUGCUAUAGCCCCACAGAGUGCGACAUCACAGAGCGUGGCCAUGCGCAGUUCAUCUACAGACCCGAGCGAAUAUACUCAAGUCACUGCCAAACUAGUGGUCCUUGAUGAAGAUGAUCAAGUGUUCCGUGUCCCCAGCUGUUACUCCUCAAAUAACCCUGAAGAGACCAGGCCCCCGACGGCAGGUCCAUCUGAAUACUGUUUUUCAGUGAACCAACCAGAUAAACUAGCCCUGGCGCACAAUGAGAGAAAUGAACUCAUGGAAAGAUUGCCAGUAGAAGAUGGUUUGCAGCCUAGAGAAGGCGUUACCUCGCAAGUGCAGCAACAUUCAUCAGAUGCUGAGAGUGGAGUAUCUACGCUGGAGAAAGACAGAUUUCUCAUUGGUGAAUCAAGUGCCAACUUUAAAGUUAUGUCCCUAAGAGAAAGAAUGGAUGAACCCAACACAGAACAGCUCUAUAAUCACUCUCGGUUUGAAAAUUUGAAAAAGUUUUGGGACUUAGGAACUCAUUCAAAUGAUAAGGAUAAUUAUGACAGGAAUAGUACAACAAGCCAAAAAAAUUCUGUGGCUUUUAAAAGCCAGAAACACAAGAAAUUAAGUGACAAUAAAUCAUCAGGCAAAAACACCCAUGAGAUAGAGGCACUUUCGAGCCAAAGGAACAUUAUGGCGGGAGAGGAAAUGGAGAAAUUCAACUCAAAGAGCCUGAGCCAGGCACUACCCGAUGAAACCACAUUGCCUUCAAGAUCACCCAGGGGGUCCACUCCUCCCUUGGCCCGAAGUGACUCAUCAAAGGAUAAGGAGGAAAAACAUAUGGAAUGGUUUGCUACUCCAGUGCUUAAAGAGGAAAAAUAUUACUCCGAUCAAGAGAUUCAAGAAUCCAUGGUGAAAACCAGCGCUGUGACUAACGACUACAGCACUACUUUCAAUGACACUUUACAAAAGCUGCUUUCAGAAGCUUUAUCUCCAGGAGACCGACCUUCUGGCGGAAAAGUCUGUGUGGAGCAACCAGCUGAACGAGCUAUUUCUGAAGACAAGAACUGGCUUCAAAAGACAGAUUUGGCUGAUAAUAAACAAGAAGCCAGAGGAUCUGCAGAGCUCCCUAGUGAGCACGUAGGCCAAACGGUCGUUCUAAGUGCAGGUGCUCCCUCUACAGAAGCAACCGGAACCUCGCAUUCUCCCUUGCAAACUGAGAUCAAACCUGUUACCACCAGAGCCAGCUCCCAACCUAAAGAAGAUAGAUUUCGUGAAAAGGAGAUAACAGAAAAUCACAACCCUUCAUUUUAUCAGAAAGAAAUAACACCGCUUCUUCCAGAGGGCGGUGACACUUUGGGAAAUGGAGUUGUCACCCAGAAAGUUCAAAGUGCCAAGUGCCAGCUCAACAAAGAAAACUUAUUUGCAGUGACUGCAGAGGGUUCUGUGGCACUGGCCCAGACUUCACAUCUUCACAGAAAAGGCUCUUUUGAAGAUGUGGCCAGCUCUCCACAAGAUACAUCUUUUUCCUGGGAUAUGCACCAAGAUAAGGCAUCAUCUUCCCAAAGGGAAAUCGUAGAGACCAUAGAGAGAGCCAUUCUUCCACCCAAACCUGCACUGAGUGAUGUAAAUAAUGCAUUACUAAAGCUGCUCAAGGAAGUUCCCUUGAGUUAUCCAUCUAGGAGGGAAGUAGGUCCUCGAGCCAUGAAAGCAGAUUUUUCUGAAGGAAUUCAAACAGCAGGCAGCCCCCCAACUCCUCUGGAAGUGAGUCCACCAGGGACUGCCGUGGGUACCAUUGUUCCAGACACGAAGGACUUUCAUACCUUCACCCUGUUUCCUGAUACAGCUCAUGAAGUCGGGUCCAUCUUAGCCCCCCAAAUGUCUCCACCAGAACAGCUCACUAACUCUUUUGUUGUCACCAUGAACCCCAGUGACAAAGAGCCACCUGAGGAAGUGGCAGAUACUGUGACAAAAACAGUGACUCCGCCCAAAUCAGAGUUCCUUGAAUUCAGUACUUACUUGGAAAAACUACCCAAGGAAACACUACAAAACUCUUCAGCAAAAUAUGAAAAGGAUCCAGGAGCCCUUUCUCCAGCAGAGUUUAUGGGGAGCACUGGGGCCCCCCGGCAGGCUCCUUCUGAGUGCCACCCUCAGGAGAUACAAGAAACAAUAGAAAGGGCUGAGGCUCUGUCAGUGACGGAGAGUGCUUUUGACUCUGGGUUUCAGAAACUUCUUAAAGAAAUAGCUGAGGUCCCUUUUUCUCAGUCCCGGCUGUCAGCAAAGGAGGAGACUCCUGAGGAGUCCUUAGCAUCAGAGCAGGCCAUGGUCUUGAACGCAGUGCCCUGUGUCUACCAGGCAAGCUCAGGGGCCUUAGAAAUGAAGGGUAAAAGUGGUUUGCAUCCUCAGGACAAGCAGUGUGAUAAAGCGUUGGGAGGAGACGAAGCUGUGACAGACUUACCGGUAGAUCUUUGCGGCUCCACGAGUGGUAGGAUCUCUGGGACCCCGCGGCUUUAUGUGGACUGUGAAAUAGAGACCACUCCCCCUAGCCGACCUUCGGAGCACAGGGAGAGUGAGGGGGACAUCAGGGAGGGACGAGGGGAUUUUCAGGGAUCAAAAGCAAUGGAUGAGUCCAGAAAUAAGCAAAGCAAUCCUCUUCUGCCAAACAGAAAAGGCCCUAGAGAAAUAAAUAAAGUCACAUCAUCGCGUGGGGGACAUGACGAUGAACGUUCCUCUGACUCUGAUUUUUCAGAUGGAAACACCGGUUCUCAUGCAGAAAGUUGGCGAAAUACCUCCAGUUCGGAAGAAGAGCCCCGUCCUGUUUUGAAACCCUUGGAAAGGAGUGCUGCUAGAAAAAUGCCUUCCAAAAGUCUAGAAGACAUUUCACCAGAUUCACCAAAUCAAGCAAAAGUAGAUAAUCUGCCAGAAGAAUUAGUACGUAGUGCUGAAGAUGUAGAUCAAAAAGCAGAUCAGGAACCAGACGCAAAUGAAUGCAUACCAGGAAUUUCUACAGUGCCUUCACAACCUGAGAAUCAGUUUUCCCACCUUGGUAAACUCAAAAGGAUGAGCAAGUCUGUUCCAGCAUUUCCUCAAGAUGAGAGUGAUGACAGAGAAACAGAUACAGCAUCAGAAAGCAGUUACCAGCUCAGCAGACACAAGAAGAGCCCGAGCUCUCUAACCAAUCUUAGCAGCUCCUCUGGCAUGACGUCCUUGUCUUCUGUGAGUGGCAGUGUGAUGAGUGUUUACAGCGGAGACUUCGGCAACCUGGAAGUGAAAGGAAGCAUUCAGUUUGCGCUGGACUACACAGAGGCACUGAAGGAGCUGCACGUGUUUGUGGCCCAGUGUAAGAACUUAGCCGCAGCAGACGUUAAAAAACAGCGUUCAGACCCAUAUGUGAAGACCUACUUGUUACCAGACAAAGGCAAAAUGGGCAAGAAGAAAACGCUUGUGGUGAAGAAAACCUUGAACCCUGUGUUUAACGAGAUUCUGCGGUAUAAAGUUGAAAAACAAAUCUUAAAGACACAGAAGCUGAAUCUGUCCGUCUGGCACCGGGACACGUUUAAGCGGAACAGCUUCCUCGGGGAGGUGGAGCUUGACCUGGAGACAUGGGACUGGGAUGACAAGCAGAAUACACAGUUGAAGUGGUACCCCCUAAAGCGGAAGACAGCACUGGUUGCCCUUGAGGCAGAGAACAGAGGCGAAAUGAAGCUCGCGCUCCAGUAUGUCCCAGAGCCACUUCCCGGUAAAAAGCUUCCUACAACUGGAGAAGUGCACAUCUGGGUGAAGGAGUGCUUUGAUCUUCCGCUGCUAAGGGGAAGCCAUCUAAAUUCUUUUGUUAAAUGUACCAUUCUUCCAGAUACCAGCAGGAAAAGUCGCCAGAAGACAAGAGCGGUAGGGAAAACAAACAACCCUAUUUUCAACCACACCAUGGUGUAUGACGGGUUCAGGCCUGAAGAUCUCAUGGAAGCUUGUGUAGAGCUCACUGUCUGGGACCACUACAAACUAACCAAUCAGUUUUUAGGAGGCCUUCGAAUUGGCUUUGGAACAGGUAGAAGCUAUGGGACUGAAGUAGACUGGAUGGAUUCUACUUCAGAGGAAGUUGCUCUCUGGGAGAAGAUGGUAAAUUCCCCUAACACUUGGAUUGAAGCCACACUGCCCCUUAGAAUGCUUUUGAUUGCCAAAAUUUCCAAGUAAUCUCUGCGUCUACUGGCUGCUCUACUGCAGCUUACUACACAGAUGGAACCUGACCUGGAAAAUCUGGCCACAUGGACGAAAGUCCUCAGUUUCUCUCUGCAGCCGCUAAUGAACACUACAUAGCACAUUAAAGUCAAUCGGCAUGUGUUUGUGUUUCUUUGAUAACAAGGCCCAAGAGACUUAAACGAUGGCAAGAUAUGUGACUUACUCAUGAUUCCAACAUUAAAGAUAUUUGACCAAGCUAGGAAAACUUAACUGCUGCUGCUUCUUAGAAGAAAAAGCAUGGGCUGGGGAGAUAGCUCAGUAGAAUAAGUGCCUGCCGGACAAGCACAAGAUCCUGAGUUCAAU